CAGAUCUCCAAGUCAUAUGAGGAGACACUGGACAGGUGAUCAGUUGUCAAACAGGAUUAAAAGCACACAUUUAAAACGUCGCUCUUGGCUUCCUGGCGCAGGAAGGAGAAACCUGCCCAUCUGUGUCUGUGUGGGCCGGGUCAUGAGACUCCAGGGGUGGGUCUCCCUCAGCAACCUCGCAGCUGGAUUUCUGUCUUCUUCAGCAUCUUGCAGGCUGGCGGCUCUGAGCAGCCAGAAACACGUGCGUCUGUUCAGUGUGUCCGGUGAGAACAUGGCAGAAGAAGCGAAGAAACUGGCCGCUUACGCCUCCGUGGACAACCACGUCCAGAAUAACCAGGUGGUUGGAGUGGGCAGCGGGUCAACCAUUGUCUAUGCCGUGGACAGAUUAGCUGAGAGAGUGCGUCAGGAGAAACUGAACAUCGUGUGUGUGCCUACCUCUUUCCAGGCUCGUCAGCUGAUUCUGCAGCACGGCCUCACGCUGUCGGAUCUGGACAGGCACCCAGAGCUGGAUGUGGCGAUUGACGGAGCAGAUGAAGUGGAUGCAGAUCUCACGCUGAUAAAAGGUGGAGGCGGCUGCCUGACUCAGGAGAAGAUUGUAGCCGGCUGUGCCAAACAUUUCGUUGUCAUUGCCGACUACAGGAAGGACUCCAAGGCUCUGGGCGAGCAGUGGAAGAAGGGAGUCCCUAUUGAGGUGAUCCCCAUGGCGUACGUCCCUGUCUCCAGGACGAUAGCCAAAAGCUUCGGAGGGGAGGCCAACUUACGAAUGGCUGUCAGUAAAGCAGGUCCCGUGGUCACUGACAACAGCAACUUCAUCCUGGACUGGAAGUUUGAGCACGCUCAGAACUGGAAGGAAGUCAACACCGCAAUCAAGAUGAUUCCAGGGGUGGUGGAGACGGGGCUUUUCGUUGGCAUGGCUGAGCGAGCCUACUUUGGGAUGGAGGAUGGAAGCGUGCAAGUUCGGGAUCCUCCAGUCAACUGAGGAGUUUGCCAUAAUCACAGUCUCUUACCUCCUCUUGAAUGACCUCACUUUCCCCGCAAGUGCCGUGUUCAUGAUUUACACCUGGUCUCGGACUGUGUCGUAGCAGGGAAGUUUUCACACAUCACAAAACCAGAUCCUGUUGAGGAUCACUUGAUUUUUCUCAUCCUGCAAGCGGUGCUUCUGAUUCUGCAUGUUUUAUAGUGCCUGAUGAGUAAAAUCAAGUGCAUCUGUUAUGCUUCCUGUUUUGUUUUGUUUUUUUCAGCCUGUAUUUCCUCAGUUUGGCUGCCUGGUCUCUGCCUGGAAGCGUUGGCUCUUGCUGUAAUGAGCAAGUUUGACUGAAUGUCUGCAGUGCUGUGGUUCUCAUCUAGCUUGGUGAAUCACUUCGGUGCUGCUAAAUAAAGGUGUGCCUUGAUUAUAUUUUAUGAUCUAUUAAAAGACAUGACGCCAUUAUAGUUGCAUUUAAAAAGCUCAUAAUCAUACAUCAAACUAUGGUCAUUUGCUGGGCUGCUGCAAACAAAAGUAUAGUAGUCAAGACAUUUUAAGCAGUGAGAGAGCUGAUAUGCCUUGAAGUGUUUUUGUUUAAUUAGAUUACAGAAUGGGGGAGUUAAAUGAGUUGCAUACUACAACAUAGAAAGUUAUACAUGUCUCAAGAAAUUAAUUUCCUUCAUUAAUAUGCUAAUUUAGACAGCAAGAAGCUCCAAAAAUUAAUAAUGCCAUGGACAGUUUAGGGAAACCCUGUGGUGCAGGUACGAAGCUUCUAUUAUUUGGUAAUUGUGUUAGGAAGACACGUGACACUGUGAUGAUACAAUGUUGUUGGUAUGUGUAUGGUGUACACAUACCAUGCAGCACAGAUGUGGGCUGUAAUAAAUAUAAUGUAGAUUCUGCUGGCAUUAAAACACCACCUAUAGGUGUUGCUACAUUUGCAGCAAAAGGGUUGAGAACCAUCAAACCUUGAAAUCGUCCUUUCACUAAGAGUAUGUACUUCCUGUUGCUGAAACAUGCAGGCUUCGCCGUUCCUUUACUUUCUCUGUGUCACUGAAGCUCCUGGUUUUCUGCUCUGUCGUGUCUUUCAGCAACUCUUGGUUCAUUUUUCAGCCGCACAUGCCAACAAAUUAACAUCCUCCGCUAGGAAUUCUGAUGUUGCGCAGAACAUGUCAACAUGUCCAACUGUACAGGUUAGACAAGUAUAACCACAUGUGCAUCUCAGGAUUUAAACCUGUUAACGACUCCAUUCCGUCACAUAAGAUUCCUUUAAAGUUAUGGUGCGCAGAGCUGGCUUGAAAAUUUUGGAUGUGUAAAUUUGUUUGUCACUCCACUUGUGGGAUACAUGGUCUCUAUGGAAGUUCUAAUGUCCUUGGCUGUUGAAUUUUAGCAUAUGGUAGCCACUGUUGUUGUGGACCAGUAAUCUGGUUUCCUGCUCUGCAACUGUGAGUACAGUGGAAAUCUUUUGUGGUUUUCUCUGGGUUUCAGCAACGUUUCUGUAGAAUUACACUAGUCAAGUCAGUUAAAUUCCACAGCAUCUCACUGUUUGACAAAACAAACAACUGAAUGAAGGUGUACUUUCAUGAACGUAACUCCUUCCACUGUGUUGGUUCUUUUUUGUGCCUGUAAGUUACUUGCAUGACAAUUUCUUAUCUUACACAAGCUGUCUGGUCACAGGAAGUCUUGUGCCAUAAACUUAACUUUGAAUAUAGCUCUAGAAAGACUUGUGAAACACUUUGGGGUAAGGGUGAUGGGCAGCUAUUCUAUAAAAUGGUCACAGUUAAUGGUGAACUGAUGUAGCUCAAAUCUGAACCAACAGCUCCACAAGUAACAUUUGUGCCUUGGCGCACCAAAGCAAUAAAACACUUAUAUUAUUAUUUUUUUUUUUUUUAAUUCAGAUGCAGCAAAAUUAAUUUAUUAUGUAGCUGGUUUCAUUGUUGGAACAACUGCCUGUUGUUAAAAGCUGCAUCAUCAGGUUUUAGGAAAGACAUUUACUUGUAAAAUAUAUAAAAAAAUGCAGUUGAUACAGACAAAAUAAAAAUUCACAAGGUUUGAUUUAAUUUCUGUGCUGCACUUAAAAUCCAAAUUCCAAUAUAUCAUGUUUGGUCAGUUUGUUUCGCAAGGUCCUAUCUCAUUUCUAAUUGGGGAACAUUAAAAAAGAAGCUGUACGUGCAGCUUUAAGGUGUUUUAUAAAAUCUGUGCUCAGUGUGCAGUAGGUUCACUGAGGUAAUGUGUCUCAAAUCAGCACAGUACUGUUGUUGAAAUAGUCUAAAAAUACUAUUUACUAGACUAUUUUCAAAAUGCUACUGCCCCCCCAAACCCCUCUCAAAAAGCAAUCAGAAGCUCAUCACUCCUUUUCUCAAAGAUUCAAAUAGUCAAGUUGUCUUUCCUUACACAAAUGACAAGUAACUUUACUGUCUACAACAACCAUCAUUGGUUUGAAAUGUGUGAUACUUUGUCUUAUUUUUUUUUUUCCUCCAUAUGAUUGAUAUCCCUUCUUUUGGAAAGCAGCUAUUCACUUUGCUUUUGGCUCACAAUGCCUUACACUUUGGUUUUUAAUUAUGUAUGUUUAUGUUUUUGUACUAUACAAUACUAAGAAGGUUAAAUCAACUAGGAAUAUGUGGACUGGUGUGGAUCCAAAACAAGAUCUACCCCAUGUUGGAUCACCAGCAUUUCUUUUAUUCCUUUCUUUACCAAAUGACUGUGAUAAUGAUUUUGCUGUGAAGGUACUAUUUUCUUUGUCAACCAAUACAGGACCAAAAUUGAGUUUAAA